AUGCCCUCAUCGCACAUCGUCACCGAAUUCAUUUACCUCUCUCUGAAACCAGACGUCAAGCCUGAAGACCCUGACAACGACGGCGGGAGACUAUUCAUAAACUCGUUGAACGCCGUAAAGCAACGCUGUGGGUAUCUCAGCUCGUCCUGGGGCCGGACAAUUGAAAACGAGAAUAACGUCGUUUGGAUCAUCGGAAGGAUAUCCGAAAUGUUAGAAUGGAAGGAUAAUACUGGCUGUGUUCCCCUUUCGAUGUUUGCCCCGGUCCUCGACCCAGAAACUCAGCCAAUCGCUUUCCACACGACUCUCACCCCGCCCCUGAAUGACAUCCUCACUACCGCCCCGGUUAUUGAGCUCGCCGUCCUUGCAUUUCCCAAAGAUAUCAAUCCACCAGAAAGGACAGCUCUGAACAACGAUCUCAUCAAUUUCCGCUCCACAUGUCUUCAAUUGACCGAUUCCAAGCCACCCAGUGCCUUCUCUAUGGGCUGGGUUGAACGGCCAGGGAGCGUUCCUCAUCAGGACAGCAAAUCCGGGCGAGCACAACUGAUUGUGUUAGUGGUCGGUUGGGAGAGCCGGGAGCAGCAUGAAGAGGUGAGGAAAACAACAGGAUUCGGAAACUCGAUUGCGCCAAUACGGGAGAGGAUGUUGCCUGCUAUCAAAGCCCUUCAGAUGAGGCAUGUUAAAUUCAAGGCCGCAAAUUGA